GUUUGUUGAUGUUUUGAAUGGCAGACGGAGUUUGUUGAUGUGCUCUCUUCUCCUCUCUCAAAGCACUACUAAGCAUCCUUGUGCUUUGUAUAUACCCAGAAACCAAAGAAAAAGGCUAAAAAAUGGAUUUUUACGGACACCCUUCUCAUUCUUCUACGUCUUCAUUUAAUUUGUUCAAAAAUUUCAUUGAAAAGGUUAAAGAUUCUUGCAGUUUCUCUGUUUCUGCCAUCAUUGGGAACGUCUUCUCUGCCAUCUUAACUACCUUCUUUGCGUUAGCGGGGACCUUGUUAGGGGCCUUGACGGGGGCUCUAAUAGGACAAGAGACGGAGAGUGGGUUCGUUCGAGGGGUUGCAGUUGGGGCUGUCUCUGGAGCAGUUUUAUCGAUCGAAGUCUUCGAAUCUUCUCUUCUCCUUUGGAAAUCCGACGAAUCUGGGAUCCGAUGUUUGCUUUACUGGAUUGAUGUGAUUGCAAGCCUUCUAAGUGGAAGGCUCGUUCGAGAACGAAUCGGUCUGGCCAUGCUGAGUGCAGUCCAAAGUCAGAUGGGUGCUGCCGAGCCGGAAAUAACAUUCGAGGAGGUGCAAAACAUCUUCGACACCGGUGGUGCUAAAGGAUUGGCUACACAAGUGGUUGAAAGAAUCCCAAAGAUGAUAAUCACAGAUAAUAACAAUGUAGAUGCUUCUGGGGAGAAAGUUUCAUGCUCAGUUUGCCUUCAGGACUUUCAGGCUGGAGAGACGGUGAGAAGCUUGCCGCAAUGUCAUCACAUGUUCCACUUGCCUUGCAUAGAUAAAUGGCUUCUUAGUCAUGCUUCUUGUCCAUUGUGCAGAAGGGAUAUGUGAUGUUAUUUAUUGUAAACUGCACGAUUAGAAGAGUUGUUUAUAUUUUAUAUAUAUUUUAUACCAUUCUUACGUAAUUAAUGUCUUGGUUUGUCAAAUUCAAAUGCUUGCCUACUAUCGUUUCUCCUGUGAAUGGUUGUUGCAACUUGCAAUGCUAAUAGAGUCCAUGACAUGUCCUAUGGCCAUAAUAAUAUCCAGCUCCUUUGUAUGAAUCAGAAAACAGAAUUCAUGACAUGACAUCCCAUCUGGAAAUCUAGACAACAAAAGAGAGUUUCAACAUGAACCUCGUAUUAUUGCAACAUGUAAACAUAAAUUCUAGGGAGUUCCGUUUUCAGGGAUAUGUCGACAUAAUUUACAAAACCCAAAAUCUCUAGAAUUAGAGCAAGCAAAUAUACUGGGCUUAUAAACUAAAUAGAGUGUCUUCUCAGGUUCAAAUGUUACAUUGUACAUAAAAAAAAUACAUAUGCAAUAAAUAAAUAAAUAUUAACUAAAGGCUGCACCUUCUCCU